GUGUUACCGUGGUUCGGAUAUCCGUGACCGGCUUUUACAGUCCCCUCGCUGCUGUUCUCGCCUGGACCGGUCACCGACUAAAAUAAUGAAGGUUUGGACCUCCGAACACGUAUUUAACCAUCCUUGGGAAACGGUGACCAAGGCUGCAAUGCAGAAGUAUCCCAACCCCAUGAACCCAAGUGUGAUUGGAGUGGAUGUUCUAGACAGACGCGUGGACCACCGGGGUCGCCUCCACAGUAAAAGACUUCUCAGCACAGAGUGGGGUCUUCCAUCCAUAGUGAAAUCUCUCAUCGGAAGUUCAAGGACAUACACCUACAUUCAGGAAAACUCUGUGGUGGACCCCAAAGAGAAAACUUUUGAACUUCAAUCUGCAAAUAUAACGUUCACAAACAUGGUGUCUGUGGAUGAGCGGUUAACCUACAAACCACAUCCAGAAGAUCCAGAGAAAACAAUACUGACUCAAGAAGCCAUCAUUUCUGUGAAAGGGGUUAGCCUUAGCAGUUACCUGGAAGGAGUUAUGGCCAGUACCAUCUCUAAUAAUGCUGGAAAGGGCCGUGAAGCCAUGGAGUGGGUGAUCAGGCAACUCAAUGCAGAGAUCGAGGAGCUGGCAGCCACAGCGCGUGGGACCUUACGGGCCCCGAUGGCUGCAGCAGUCACAGAGAAAUGACACACACUUCCUGUUUUGUUUUUGUUAGUUCCGUCUAAGUUGCACUGCUUAUCUAUACAACCAGUCCUUCGUUGGGCUGCUCUGGUGCUCUUGGUUUUCUGUAUUACUCGAGCGGCACACUUUGCCAUCUAUAUUCUAUCUAUUCAGUGAGAUGACAGUGAUUUUAGGAUCAAGUGGAUGUGACGCGCUCAGGAAAGAUGGAAACACUACCUGUCUUUGUGUGCUCAGAGUUUGACUUUAAAGGCACCAGAUAUGGAAGAAAAGUGCCAAAGUUGAGACGGUUGUACUUUCAGAUCUCAUGUUCUGUUAAAAAAAAAAAAAAAACUGUUCCUCAACACAGCCGACUGCACUCACACUAACUUAGGAAGGUAGAUGUAUAAAUGUAAGCAGUUCAAAGGAAACAGGUGGAGAACUCUACUCCAUCUAUCUAAGCGAUCCGAACUUUCAGGGCCAGUUUGAUUUCUUUAUUAGAACUAUUUCUGUAAUGUUUCUCUGCGGGACCUCAGCAAUACCAACACUGUCUCUUUAUUUUUGUUUUUUAGGCAAAGCCUGAAUGAAUGUACUGUUGUAUAAAGACUUAUUGUAUUAUUUAAGUUAAAAGAAGGGAUCAAUGUUCUCGCCAUAUUUAUAUUUUUAUAGUAAGACCUUGUCAGAUUCUGCCUUUCUGUCAAUGUAAAUGUGUCGUCUGUCAACUUUAAGUUAAAUGCAGAAAUUGAACGUUUAACAUCCAGUCGGCGGUCUUUCAGUUUAAAGGUCGCUGCAGGUGCUGCACAAUGAAGCCGCUGUAACUGUAUGAACUGUUCUAUGGUAUUGUAGACGCCUUCUUUGAUACAAUAUUUCUAAAACUUUAAAGAAUGUAUUUAUUUAGAAAAACUGUUUAUUUCUUGCUAGUCUUUACAUCAAAAAAGAAUGUACAACUAAAGAAAUGUUACCUGUGAACAGGAGAAAAAAAAUGAAUAUAAGAAUAAAAGUAAAAUAUUUUAACUUAAAA